AUGGCGACCCUUCUCCCUCCCCCUAGCAAGCGUCAAAAGCUUGCUCAGGCUGAAAAGGCCAGAGAACAGCAAGAGAUUCAGAGUAUUCCCACUGAUUUGGGCAGUAUUCGUGUCCAAUUUUUCGACCAAGCCACCGGAAAUGCUACCGGUCCUGCGGUUUCGGUGCCUGUUGCCGACGCCAACAUCAAGAAUCUCGAGACGCUAUUGAACACCUUGCAAGGCAAUGAAGAUGAUGAUCGAGUGCCAUAUCGGUUUACAUACCAAUCCGACAAGAAAGACGGACAGACCAUUGACAUUCUCGCGGACUUGUAUCACUCACUUCUGCAACCCGGGAUCAAAACCACCGAAGACACGGUCCCUCUAUUCUUCACUCCGCAAGCCGUUUUCCGAGUCAAGGCCGUCUCACGAUGCGCGGCUUCCAUUGCCGGUCACGGCGAGGCCAUCCUUGCAACACAAUUUUCACCCGUCAACUCGUCGACAAUGGUGUCUGGAAGUGGGGACUCUACCGCUCGUAUCUGGGAUUGCGACACAGGCACCCCUCUGCACACCCUGAAAGGACACACCAGCUGGGUGCUGGCGGUGGCCUAUUCGCCCAACGGCGCCAUGAUCGCAACGGGCAGCAUGGACAAUUCUGUGCGCUUUUGGGAUGCGAAGAAGGGCGAGGCGCUUGGUGCGCCGGUCAAGGGCCACUCCAAGUGGAUUACCAGUCUGGCUUGGGAACCGUAUCACCUGCAGGAAUCCGGACGGCCGCGUCUCGCGUCGGCCUCGAAGGACUCGACCGUGCGAAUUUGGGACGUGGUCUCCAAGCGCAUCGAGCAUGUGCUCACCGGCCACAAGGGAUCUGUUACCUGCGUUCGAUGGGGCGGUACUGGUCAGAUCUACACCGCUUCGCACGACAAGACCAUCAAGAUUUGGAACCCGAAGGAUGGCACCCUGAUCCAGACCCUGGCAGCCCAUGCGCACCGUGUGAACCACCUGGCGCUGUCCACCGACUUUGCUCUCCGCACGGCCUAUCACGAUCACACUGGUCAGACGCCGGCGACGGAGACCGAGAGAGUCGCGGCUGCUCGCAAGCGAUUCGAAGACGCAGCGACCGUCAACAACAAGAUUGUGGAACGUCUGGUGUCAGCCAGUGACGAUUUCACCAUGUAUCUAUGGGAUCCGUCGACUUCCAACAAGCCCGUUGCGCGGAUGCUUGGUCAUCAGAAGGAGGUCAACCAUGUGACUUUUUCUCCGGACAUGGCCUAUAUUGCAUCCGCAGGAUUCGACAAUCACGUCAAGUUGUGGAAUGGUCGCGAUGGAAAGUACGUCAAUUCAUUUUCCCCCCUUGAGCACGUAUUUGAGGCCCUACAUCUUACCAUUUUCGAUGUGCUAAUCGGUGCUUAUCAACACAGAUUCAUCACUACUUUCCGCGGCCACGUCGGUGCGGUGUAUCAGUGCUGUUUCUCGGCUGACUCCCGGAUGCUGGUCUCUUCGUCCAAGGAUACCACCUUGAAGGUCUGGGAUGUGCGGACGGGCAAGUUGGCCACCGACUUGCCGGGACACCAAGAUGAGGUGUUUGCCGUGGACUGGAGUCCGGAUGGACAAAAAGUGGGGAGUGGUGGUAAGGACAAGGCGAUUCGAAUCUGGCGGAACUAG